AUGUCGGGAAUAAGCGACGAAGUGUGGGAAGACUUUGAUAUGGUUCUAAAUAGGCGUGAAAGAUUUUCUAGACUUUCGAGAGACCUGCAGCAGCUCACUGAGGACAGACUGGCCGCGUUUUUUGCGAGUGAGAAUAUCGAGGGUGAAGAAGAUGAUCCGUUCGGAGGUGAUGAUGCUGAUGAAGACUAUAUCCCCCCUGAUGAAGCGGCGUCCGAUGCUGAAGAAAAGUUGCACAUUGAGAAGAAUGUUACGGUGGACAGUGACGAUAGUGAUGAAGAAGAGGAAGAAGUUGUCGAAGGACGGGCGGUUACUGUGAAUAAUUCACAAUUGCCCGUUGGCGAAUUUUACACAUCCAAAGAUGGGGUUGUUUGGAUGAAAAAUCCACCGGCAAGAUACCGUCCGCAUGCAAACAAUGUUUCAGUUGUUGCGAGUGAGAAUAUCGAGGAUGAAGAAGAUGAUCCGUUCGCAGGUGAUGAUGCUGAUGAAGACUAUAUCCCCCCUGAUGAAGCGGCGUCAGAUGCUGAAGAAAAGUUGCACAUUGAAAAGAAUGUUGCGGUGGACAGUGACGAUAGUGAUGAAGAAGAGGAAGAAGUUGUCGAAGGACAGGCGGUUACUGUGAAUAAUUCACAAUUGCCCGUUGGCGAAUUUUACACAUCCAAAGAUGGGGUUGUUUGGAUGAAAAAUCCACCGGCAAGAUACCGUCCGCAUGCAAACAAUGUUUCAGUUGUUGCGAGUGAGAAUAUCGAGGAUGAAGAAGAUGAUCCGUUCGCAGGUGAUGAUGCUGAUGAAGACUAUAUCCCCCCUGAUGAAGCGGCGUCAGAUGCUGAAGAAAAGUUGCACAUUGAAAAGAAUGUUGCGGUGGACAGUGACGAUAGUGAUGAAGAAGAGGAGCGACUUGGGAAGUAA